AAAUACAUAAUACGUAUAUGCUUCGCUCUCAAAACCCUUCCGCUUCGCUUUCUGGUUUCGCUGCCGCUCUUAUCUGCGAUAGAGAUCUCUCACUCUCUCCAAUCCAGGUCUCUAUAUAGAUGCAUCUGAUCUUCGCCGUCCGUUCACCGUAAUCGCGACGAUCGUUUCACUUCGAGGGGAAACCCUAGGUUUUCGCUUCGAUAUCGCCGACAAUGGGAGAUCCCAACGAUGCGUUCAUGCGCAACAACAACGCCGCCGUUCAGGCGCGCACCAAGGCCCAAAACCGUGCCAAUGUUAUGCAACUCAAGCUGAUUGGUCAAAGCCACCCUACUGGUUUGACAGCUAAUUUGCUAAAACUGUUUGAGCCUCGCCCACCUCUGGAAUUCAAACCACCUCCUGAGAAGAGAAAAUGUCCUCCAUAUACAGGAAUGGCUCAAUUUGUUAGUAAUUUUGCUGAGCCGGGUGAUCCAGAAUAUGCUCCACCUGUUAAGGAAGUUGAAACUCCGACAGAAAGAAGGGCCAGGAUCCACAAGUUAAGGCUUGAAAAGGGAGCAGAAAAGGCUGCUGAAGAGCUUGAAAAAUAUGAUCCAAAUAAUGACCCAAAUGCUACAGGAGAUCCAUACAAAACAUUGUUUGUAUCUAGACUCAACUAUGAGACAACUGAAAGCAGAAUCAAAAGGGAGUUUGAGGCUUAUGGUCCUAUAAAGAGGGUUCGUCUGGUUACAGACAAGACAAACAACAAACCUAGAGGAUAUGCCUUUAUUGAGUAUGUUCAUACUCGGGAUAUGAAAGCUGCAUAUAAACAAGCUGAUGGGAAGAAGAUUGAUAACAGAAGGGUGCUUGUUGAUGUUGAACGGGGGAGAACUGUCCCAAAUUGGCGCCCCCGAAGGCUAGGUGGUGGACUUGGAACAACAAGGGUUGGAAAUGAAGAUCCUAACCAGAGGUCCUCUGGGAGGGAGCAAGUGCAGCCAGGAGGACCAUCUAGGUCUGAGGAACCAAGGAUUCGAGAUGACAGAGAGAGGGACAGAGAGAAAUCCCGUGAGAGGGGUAGGGACAGGGAAAGAGAACGAGAAAAGUCUCGUGAGCGAUCUCACGACAGGCCAAGGGAUCGUGAGCAUAGGGAUGAGAGGCACCACAGGGAUCGUGAUAGAAAUAGGGAUAGGGAGAAGGACCGUGGGCGUGACCGUGAUAGAGAGAAGGAGCGUGACCGUGAUAGAGUACGGGACCGUGAACGUGGAAAGGAUCGUGAUAGAGAUCGAGAUAAGGAGCGGGAACGAGAUCGUCAUCGUGAGAAGGAUAGAGAUAGAGGCAGAGAUUAUGAAUUUGAUGUUGACAAUGAUCGUGGGCGUUCUCGUGAUAGAGACUAUGAUUAUGAUCAUGAGCAAGACCGACAUGGUGAAAAGGAGAGGAACUAUGAUCAUGCAGGAAUGGAGGAUGACCAAGGGUGGUAUGAGCAGUCUGAUCUUGGGCAUAGGCGUUCAGAGGGAGAUCGUGACCGUGGACACUAUGAUUAUUAUGACCAUCACCAAAGUCGUGAGUAUGAUAACCAGGAUGCACGGGGAGAUGAUGACCGCUACAAAGAUUCUGGUCGUGAUCGAUAUGAACAAAUGGAGGAUGAUGAUUAUGCAUAUGGCCGCGCAGGAUCUGAGCCAUCUGAAAAGGACCGUGAUUAUCGGAAGUCUGAUAGGCCAAGUUCUCGUGACUACGAGUACUAAUGCUUGAAGGCCAACCAUCUCUUGAUUUAUUUACUUGUUUUAUGUCUCAAUGUUCCUACGGCACUUUUGGAGCUGUGUUGGCAGUGAAUGUGAUUGAUGUUAGCGAGCUUUAGAAACUAGUAUAUCCCGUUCUCGGAGUGCCUUUUAGUUUUCUCAGUUCCAUUUUCUAUUCUGUUGUGAACCCUGUAUGUUCAUUGGAGAAUUUGGAGAAACAUACGAGUGAGUGGUCAGGCACUAGUUUUUCUUUAAUGUUUCGAGUACUCCUUGAUUUUGAAUGUUUCAUGGUCGAAUUUUUUUUUAAUCUUCAGUGUUGUGGUGAGUGGUGACUUACUUUUUGAGUC